AAGUUAUUCCAAAUAACAUAUUCCGCGGCCUCAUUUAUUUACUGCCUUGUGCCUUUAUACACUUGGUUACGGUACCGAGAAUACUCGCUGAUUUUAGGUAUUCUGAUACCGGGUUGUGAUCCGGAAACAUUAACUGGAUUCCUAAUCACCAAUGCCUUUCACUGUUUCGUGGUGUAUGUUGCGCUCAAUGGAUUGAUAGCUGCUGAUGUUAUCUGCAUGUUGAUAAUCCUUCACAUCGUGGGAGUGGCCGAUGUCUUCAAGAACCAGCUAAAAUCCCUGGAUGACCUUAUCGACCGAGAGGACAAAGAUGCAGAAAAAAUCCACGUUAAUGUUCUGGGAAUCUGUUUGAUGCACGAGGAAAUUAUAGAAUACGAGGAAGAACUGGAUGAAUCGUAUAAAACUGUAGUGCUGUUUCAAAUCAUAACUUCUAUCUUAGAAAUUUCAACGUGUUUGUUCAUACUUUACAUGACAGGACAUAUCAAUGCUCUAUUCCUUGCAAUAAGUGCUGUUUGGCAAUUGCUCGAAUUCUGCUUACUGGGUGUCACUUUGACUAUAAAGAACGAAGAGAUUGCCCGGGCCCUGUACGAUAUCAAAUGGUAUAAACUGUCGUCGAAACAUCAACGGAUGCUCGGGUUUGUUUUGCACAACGCUCAAAAUGCCGUAGAAAUAACGGUCGGUGGACUAGCAUUGUUGAACUUGGAAACAUUCGUUGAGGUCAUGAAAAGAAUUUAUUCCUAUUGCGCCAUGUUAAUUCAAUUCUUAAAAUAGGAAAAUCAACC